AUGACUUCUGUCCUCAUAACCGGUGCCACUGGCAAACAAGGAGGUUCUCUAAUCAACAAUCUCAAAAAUACCUCAUUCAAAAUCUUCGCCGUGACGAGAGACAUCAAUUCCACCUCGGCGAGGAACCUAGCCCAGAAAUCCCCCAAUAUCACACUCAUCCAAGGAAACCUCAACGACCCAGCUGCCAUUUUCCAGAAUGUCAAGCGGGAAACCUCGGAGCCCGUCUGGGGCGUAUUCAGUGUCCAAGCCGCCAACCCCCGCAACGACGACGAAAGACGCCAAGGAAUAGCCCUAAUCGACGAAUCGCUCAAACAGCGCGUCAAAUUCUUCGUCUACAGCUCCGUCGACAGAGGCGGCCCCCAAUCCGACACCAACCCAACGACCGUACCACACUUCAUCUACAAACACGAAAUCGAAAAGCACCUCAAAGAAAAAGCCAAAGGCACCGAGAUGAACUGGACGAUUCUCCGACCCGUAGCCUUCUACGAGAACUUCACAAACGACUACUUCGGCCGGGUCUUCGCGACGGCAUGGCAGAUGGCGUUGAAUGGCAAACCGCUGCAGCUCGUUGCGACGAGCGAUAUCGGGUUCUUCGGUGCAGCGGCUUUCACGAAUCCCGAAGCGUCGAAGAACCAUGCGCUUUCGCUUGCGGGUGAUGAGUUGACGUUUGAGGAGAUGAGGGGGAUUUUUGAGAGGGAGACGGGGAGGAAGGUUCCUACUACUUUUCGGUUGCCGGUUUGGUUGAUGAUGGCUGCUGUUAAGGAGCUUGGGGUUAUGUUUCGCUGGUUUCAUGAUGAGGGUUAUCGGGCUGAUAUUGGGACUUUGAGGAGGUUGAAUCCUGGAUUGAAGGAUUUUGGGACUUGGUUGAGGACUGAGAAGGAGGUCUCUCAGCUUCGGUCGACGCAUGCGUCACCUCGCGACUCGGAUAUUAAUCCUGUAUCGGAGGGGGAUGACCCUUCGAGCCUAGCAAAAAAGACAGAGCUGCUUGUUAUUAAAGAGGGUAAAAGUCGGUAUGUUGGCGACGAAGCUUCCGUGGCCCUUGGGGAAAAGAUAUCUGAGCUUCGGGACAUUAUCGAAAGUGAUUCAGAUGAAGAAGACUGCUCGCCGUACGCAAAUUCGACUUCCAAUAUUCUGCCUCAGGGUGAGCUUUUUGGAGGCGAGUCCUACGAUGGCUGGUCUCUUGAGUUCUUCCGCCUUCAUUAUUUCCAAGCGGCAAGGAUUGAAGGGAUAUGGCGUGUGUAUCAAGAGAAUGUGGCACCGAUGAUUAGCAUAAUUCACAAGGAUACUAUCGCUCAGAUUGUCCAAAAUUGCAGCGCGGGCAUCUCUCUAACUACGUCAGAUGAGGCAUUGCUGUUUGCCGUUUAUUAUGCCGCUGUGGCGAGCAUGAGAUCUGAUAUUUGCCAUCCAAUACUCGACGUCGAACAUGAGAUUGCUAUCCAGGACUGCAAAAGAGCAGUGAGCCAAGGUCUUCGCCGCGCCAAUUUCAUACGGUGUCAAAAUAUUUCCGUUCUGCAAGCUGCCGUGCUGUUCUUGCUUUGCUAUCGUGUUGGCGGUGAUACAUGUCUUGUAUGGGCCGAGUCAGCGGUUGUCAUUCGGGUUGCGCAGGCACAGGGUAUUCACCGUGAUGGAAAGAACUUUUCCUUGCCGCCCUUUGAAACGGAGAUCCGUCGUCGGCUAUGGUGGCAUAUUUGCCUAUUAGAUAUGUUAUCUUCAGGAGACCAAGGUGUUGAUACACAGAUCAGACCUGAGAUGUUCGACACCCAAUUUCCGGCCAAUAUCGACGACGACGAUCUUAUUUUGAACAUGCCAAACUCGCCAAAAUCGAAGUCUGGUUUCACUGAUAGCACACUUUGCAUCAUGAAUUCUCAGAUCAUGACCAGAUUAUACUGGCAGUUUCAUGGAACCUCCAAGAUGUCUACACAAGACCGAGAGACCCUCGUUACCAAUCUCGGCAAAGAUCUCCACAAAAAAUAUCUGGAUCAUUUCAACCUCGAUAUCCCAAUCCACUGGGCAUCAGCAACAAUAGUCCGACUUCAACUUUCAAAAUCAUGGCUAGCAGUCCAUUUCAUGUCCUCACCAAGUCCCAAUUCACCCGGCACAAUCCCCAGCCAUGAUGAUCGAGUUUUCGAAAUGGCAGUCGAAAUAGUGCAAUUCGCCUACCUUCUCCAAACAAACGAAGCCACACUCCAAUGGAGCUGGCUCUGUCAAAGCUACAAGGAAUGGCACGUUGUCGCUUUUAUCUUGUCAGAACUGUGUCUCCGCCCACUGAAUGCAGAAACUGACCAUGCGUGGGACAUCGUCAGUAAGAUGUAUGGAUUGUGGCAGCGUGGCGUUCCGCACACCGACGCCGUUCUUCAGAAGCCGCUGGCUCGGCUCAUGCAGCGUACGGCCGCGUCGAGAGAAUCCAAGCUUGUUCGAGAUCAUUCCGAGAUACCUGUUUCGCUGAACAUGCCUUAUUCGGCUACUUUGGGACUUGAAGAGGAUGUUGAUCUUGAGUUGGAUGCUUUUCCCGAACAGCUUUCCAGCUUGAAUUGGUUUUCUGGACCUUUUUUCUAA